GAUACUAGGAUGCGUGUAUUGUAUACAAUUGGCGCUAUCAUGACUAUUGGAUCUACACGCUCUUUACCACGAGUUUGUGCGGUCUUCGAAAGCCAGCCAGCGCAAUUUCUUGGACGGAUAUCUUUUAGUCUCUACCUGUGUCACAUCACAGUAUUUAGAGUUCUCCGAGAACGCUUCUUUAAUUGGACGAGCCAGGUUCUUAGUGGAAUG